GAUCAGCUGACCAAGAUGGCCCCGCCCCCUCCCGCUGGUUCCGUAGGGUGUCACGUGACCUCCGUGGGCCGUCUGGAGAAUCCACGUGGGUGCCUCGCGGCUGAGUCCGGCUUGGUGGAAAGAAGAAUGGCUGAGAAGAAACCCUCCAGAGGACAACAGUGGCUGCUACUGCUGAUCAUUGCUGUUGCCUUCAUCCACUUAGCUGUAUGCCCAUUUACAAAAGUAGAGGAGAGCUUUAAUCUUCAGGCUACCCAUGACAUUUUAUAUGAGAAACUGGGAUUAGAAAAGUACGAUCAUUAUGAAUUUCCUGGAGUUGUCCCAAGAACAUUCCUCGGUCCAAUUUUUAUUGCCCUUCUUUCCAGCCCAGCCGUCUAUGUAUUGUCUCUUCUACAAAUGUCAAAAUUCUACUCCCAGCUGAUAGUCCGAGGAACUCUGGGCUUGAGUGUGAUUUAUGCCCUGUGGCGGUUACACAAAGAAGUGAGAAAGCAGUUUGGUUCUACUGUGUCCCUGAUUUUCUGCCUGAUAACAGCUACACAAUUCCACCUGAUGUUUUACUGCACUCGUACUCUCCCCAACAUAUUUGCACUGCCUGUUGUUUUACUAGCAGUUACAUCUUGGAUGCAGCAAAAGCACCGCCCAUUUAUUUGGUUCUCGGCUUUGGCAAUUAUUGUCUUCAGAUCAGAGCUUUGCAUAUUCCUGGGUCUUAUGCUUCUGAUAACUCUGUUUAAUAAAAAACUCUCCAUUAUGAGAAUGCUUUUCUAUGCUGCUCCUGCAGGGGCUUUUUGGUUAGGACUCACAGUGGCCUUGGACUCUGUGUUUUGGAGGCAGUUCUUGUGGCCUGAGGGAAAAGUACUUUGGUAUAACAUCGUCUUAAAUAAAAGUUCCAACUGGGGAACCUCGCCUUUCUUGUGGUAUUUUUACUCUGCCUUGCCUCGUGCUCUGGGUUGCAGUAUUGUAUUUCUACCACUAGGUGCAGUAGACAAAAGAUGUCGAGUAUUAAUUCUACCCACACUUGGUUUUAUUUUCUUGUAUUCCUUUCUCCCACACAAAGAGCUGCGGUUUAUAAUAUACACUUUUCCAGUUUUCAAUAUAGUGGCUGCCAAAGGCUGCUCACGAAUUCUAAACAAUUACAAGAAAUCAUGGUUAUACAAAUUAGGCACUCUAUUUGUUAUAGCACACUUUCUAGCUAAUGCUGCUUACUCAGGAGCAUCACUCUAUGUGUCCCACUUCAAUUACCCUGGAGGAGUUGCUAUGCAAAAGCUACACCAGCUGGUGCCUCCAACAGCAGAUGUUUCUGUCCACAUUGAUGGAGCUGCAGCACAAACUGGCGUGUCUCGAUUUUUAGAAGUCAAUUUGGAUUGGAAGUAUGACAAAAGGGAAGACCUUAAACCAGGUGACCCACUUAUGUUCUCAUACACACAUGUACUUAUGGAGAUGGAUUCAGCUCAGCUGUCACAUUACAAGGGAACUCACAAAGUCCUUGCACGUAUUCCUGGCACCAGUGGAAUUGGACUGAAUUUUACUGCACUGCCUCCUAUUACUUUAAAUUUGAAACCCAAACUAGUAUUGUUGGAAAAACUCCCUAUUUCUUCUGGAAAAUAAAUUUUAACAACUUUGAAAUAGUUUUUGUUAGAGUUGUAUUGCACUAAUUCAAAACCAUGACAUGUCAGUGAAAGAUCAAGACUACUAUUUGAUUCUAUUCAUUUCACUUAUGAGAAAAACUUGCAUAGAGUGUGUAUUUAUUACAAGGAAUGCCAGCUAUAUUUCAAUAUAAUUGAAAUGUGUAAAAUAUAGUACAUUCCAAGACAUGUUUCAUAUAGUUACAUAGGAAAUAUAUGUAACAGAGUUGUAAUGUUUUUAUGUAACUGUAUGUAUCUUUGUGGAUAGUUUGUUUUCUACCAGGAAAAAAAAAAAAAUAGCAUAGUGUGCUAUUUUGAGCUACAGCAUAAAAAAUGCUGCUUACAGUAUCUACAGGUAAAAAAUCCCAUAUACCAAAACCUGAAUGUCAUAGUGACAUCAAACAAAAUCUAGAAAUCAAUGGAUGCUACUUCUGUUUUUAUCUGUUGGGUGGUUUUGCUCAUAGGCACCGUUUGCAUGAGACUAUCAUAUCCUAUGUUAGGCCCAACUUGCCAUCCUGAUAAAAUUUCUUGCUCAGGUUUCCUUUAUUUAUCAGUUGUCAACCAUGGAGUAAAGAUUAACACAUUCUAAGAAUUAUGGGAAAAUCAAGCUGGCCUUGAAGUGUUAAGAGACACCCAAGCAUAAAUCAAGAAGUAAUACUCAAUGUCAAAAAAAAGUCAUUUGUCUUAAUCACUUACCGCAUUUUAAGGGAUACCUUCCAUAUAAACAAGUAUAUAACUAGAUCAUUUAAGUUAGCUAUAGUAACUAUUCUCAGUGGACACAGUACAGAUAAAGGAAUGGGCUAGGAAGUAUAAUUGUGUGAUGGCCUACAACUUGUAAUUGAAGAUGUGCAAGGAAGUAUCUUACAUAACUGUGUCUUAAAAUCAUUCAUUUUUAAUGGGUGUACCUUGACACAGCAUGAGUAGGGUGCAAAUUUACUUAGAUGCAAGAAAUACCAUCCUGUAAAACUGGUUUAACCACACUGCUGUGUUCUCUUGCAUGCUAUGCUACAAGUUUAAUCAAUUUUGUUGCUCUUUUGCAUCAAAGAAAACAGCAUUAUGUAUCUUCCUUGAUGUACAACUUAUCUAUUCAUAGCAGCUGUUGCUAUUCAGGACAAGGGAAGCAUUAAUUUGUCAUAGCAGCCUACAUUCAAAACCUGCACAACUUAUUGGGUAUUGUCUUGUGGGACAGACACUGCUAACAGAGUCAUCUACUAGAAGAUCUUUAAAACACUGCUUGGUACUUCUGGAAGAAUAUACUACUCUUUCUGCUGUUGCCACUUGACAAUUAUUUCAUGUGAAAUGGGGUAUACCUGAUGUUCUAUGAUGUAUAAUCAACAGCUGUGAAUAUAAUCUUGUGGCAUCUUAAAAACAAACACAUGUUCAUAAUGAAAGCUACUGCAGAUAACAUCCAUGAAAGCUUAUGUUACAAUAAAUGGGUUGCCAUUCUUUAAGAUAACACAAGAUUAUGUUGGGGUGGGGGAGGGAGAGAAAACCAGUAUAUUUCUGAUAGUUAUGGCCAUAGCCUAGCUAAAACUG